UCGAUUGUUAUGGCAACGGUUACAUAGUUAUUAUUUUCUUACACGUAAAUUAUUUUACAUAAUUCGUAAUGUGAUGUUAAAUUGAACUUCAUAAAUUUUAUAAGUAACUGUGUCAUUCCUAAAAUGAGUUUCUGCGUUGAUUUAGUGUCCGAGGAUUCUUUCUACGAAAAUAUAACUUUGGGGGUUACCAAGCUCUUAGAGUCAGAUCCUCGAAUAUGCAAUGUCAGCGUAGAACGUAGGCCUCCUUGUGAUCGUGUAGCAAUUUCUACAUGGGAGCAGAGGCAUUCUGCAGUGCUGCCAGAAGAUCUUCGAAACUUUUACGCUUCGAGUGAUGGUUUCCAGCUCACGUGGCAUUAUAAGUAUUCAGCUGAUGAAAUCUUACCUGUGGGAUCCAUUCGCGUUAAUUCUUUGAACGAAUUGUAUCUCUCACCAGCCUUGAAAGAUUUACUGGAUUUCUCGCUCACAAGGCAGCAAACUGGGCCUCGGCCGGUCUUAAAUACUAAGAGCAAAGUAUUUGAAUUGGACACUUGCAGGACUAUUGGGAAGAUUUGUUUGAUAUAUACAGGCGGAUCUUGGUCAGUAUGGCUAGCGACACGUGAAGGCGCUUGGGGCUGGCUCUCAGACUCUUUCACGCAUUAUUUUAGAAUGGCACUCGUACAUUUAGGUCUUCCGGGGUGGCAGGCGGCUUUUGCUAAUCUACCACUUAUACCUUGGGCUGAACAACUGUUUCUUUUGCUUGCGCCUCAUUUAUUGGAAAAGUCGGACAUCGAAACCAACUUAAUAACAGUCUCAAGUGAAACAGGAUUAAAUCAUAUUGAUCCAAACAUUUUCAAGACUUCCGUACGCCAUCAUAAAAAUGCCUCGCGUCAAAAUAACCAAAAUAUACAAACAUACACAUCCUAACUUGAAAAAGUACACCCUGGCGCAGGUAAAAAGAACCCCGAGGUGU